AUGGGUAAUGGAACUGGAGGCUCCAAGCACCAACUACUGGUAGACAAAGCAGUCAAGAGCAGGCAAACCAACCUAAGCACAGCCUGGAUCGACUACCAGAAAGCACACAACUCAGCGCCCCACACAUGGAGCCCGAAAUGCCUGUCUCUGUCCAAGGUCAACAAGACACUAGGGACCUUCAUCGAGAACUCAAUAGGCCAUUGGAGGACAAUGCCUGAAGUUAACUCAAAGCUAUCAGGUGUGGAACAUACCAGGAGAGAGUGCAUCUCCAUCCACAUUGGGCAGGCGGGUGUCCAGAUUGGCAACGCAUGCUGGGAGCUGUACUGUCUGGAGCAUGGAAUCGAACCAGAUGGAAAUGCGGUGGGCACCAAGGUUACUGGCAGAGUGGACGACUCUUUCAGCACCUUUUUCAGCGAGACCAGUGCAGGAAGGCGUGUUCCUCGUGCAGUCUUUGUGGACCUAGAGCCAUCAGUGAUAGACGAGGUCAGGAAUGGGACUUACCAGGAUCUUUUCCAUCCGGAGCAGCUCAUCACUGGAAAGGAAGAUGCUGCAAAUAACUAUGCCCGGGGCCAUUACACCAUUGGGAAGGAGAUCAUCGAUGCGGUGCUGGAGCGUGUCCGGAAGCUGUCAGACCAAUGCAUGGGUCUCCAAGGCUUCCUGAUAUUCCACAGCUUUGGUGGAGGUACGGGAUCCGGCUUCACCUCCCUGUUGAUGGAGCGUCUAUCUGUCAAUUAUGGGAAGAAAUCCAAGCUGGAGUUUGCAAUCUACCCAGCUCCACAGAUCUCCACAGCCGUGGUGGAGCCCUACAACUCCAUUCUCACCACUCACACUACCUUGGAGCACUCUGACUGUGCCUUCAUGGUGGACAACGAAGCCAUUUAUGACAUCUGCUGUAGAAACCUCGACAUAGAUUGUCCCACAUACAUCAAUCUCAAUCGUCUGAUUGGCCAGAUAGUGUCCUCCAUCACUGCCUCACUGCGCUUCAACGGGGCUUUGAACAUCGACCUGACAGAGUUCCAGACGAACCUGGUCCCCUACCCACGCAUCCACUUCCCACUGGUCACCUACGCGCCCAUUAUCUCUGUGGAAAAGGCCUACCAUGAGCAGCUGUCCGUGGCCGAGAUCACCAACGCCUGCUUCGAGCCUGCCAACCAGAUGGUGAAGUGUGACCCUCGCCACGGAAAGUAUAUGGCAUGCUGCAUGCUCUACCGGGGUGACGUGGUGCCCAAGGACGUCAAUGCCGCCAUCGCCACCAUUAAGAACAAGCGGACGAUUCAGUUUGUGGACUGGUGCCCUACUGGGUUCAAGGUUGGGAUCAAUUACAAGCCUCCCACUGUGGUACCAGGGGGUGACCUGGCCAAGGUCCAGCGAGCCGUCUGCAUGCUGAGCAACAUGACAUCCAUAGCUGAAGCCUGGGCGCGCCUGGACCACAAGUUUGACUUGAUGUACACCAAGCGUGCAUUUGUCCAUUGGUUUGUGGGUGAGGGCAUGGAAGAGGGAGAGUUUGCAGAGGCAAGGGAAGAUUUGGCUACGCUGGAGAAAGACUAUGAAGAAGUGGGGGCAGACACCUUGCCAGAGGAAGAUGACGGAGAAGAAUACUGAAAGGCACAUUCUGGCCGUAUACAUAUCAAUAUCAAUACAUAUACUGUACAAGUUACCCUGUGCAACAUGUAAACUGCAAUGAAUAAAUUUUAAGAUUGUUGCUGUUUUAAGACCAUAAGACAUAGGAGCACAAUUAGG